AUGGCAUCGUCAGUGGCGGUUGCGGCCGCUCCGGUGCAAUUUCACGAUUACUUGUUGUAUCCAGUUGACGACGAGAAACCGCCCAUACCGGACUUGUCCAAAUAUCGAACCUUGCAUGAGAAGAGCCUUCCUUCUGUAUCCCAAAGAACUCUAGAAGUAUACACCACUCCAUCACCAGAGACAAAACAUCUGGCUGAUGGAGACUGCUACCCACGACUUGAUUCGCCAACAUUAUCUGCAAAAGUCAUCCGGCGUCGAUCCAAAAGUGUAACUUCUUUACUCACAUUGAGACGAGAACGACGACGUAUUGUCUCGCCACCUCUCCCAACAUCACCACUGCCAGUCUCUGUUUCAGUCGGCACUCGUGGGGCAGAAUUUUUCAAGGGUCUAGCGGAGAGUUUGACUGGGGUGAUUGUCAGUCUCUCCCCACGACUUGCGGUGGGAGCAGUCGACACCGACACUGGGAGUACUAGACACCGCCAAGGCUCCUUGUCAUCUGGGCCUUCAGUCGUCCGCUCGCCAGCUCCGUCAGUGCUAGUGUCACCAUAUGCACAAAGCUUGGCUCGCGCAUCAAGCAAUUUAAAUUUAGCGCCAGACUCUCAAACGGCGCCGUCGCCCGCUGUCCCGCCGGGCCCCCUGGCCAGUCCGUCAUAUGUCCUGACGCCCAAAACUAAAAGUAUCCCACCAUCGCUUUCAUCCUUAGCUUCCAAACCUCUACCUCUGCGAUCGCCAACUUUAAAUCACGACUACAUACAAAAUCUUGCGCACUUGACCAGUCGUGAUCGUAGCCCCAGUCGAAGCCCCAGCCGCAGUCGCAGUCGUCCUCAAGGCCGGGACUCCUUCAGGCACUUUCCGACGACUUCUGUGUUCGAUAUCCCAGCGCCAGAAUCGCCCAUACUCCGUACAGUACCGUCCGCCAGUGACAUUGCACGGUACAAACAUCGCAAUCUCCUUGCUUUACGUAUAAACACUGAAGCUGCCGAGAACGCUGCAAAACGCGAACGAGAAGAAGCCGAACGUGUGGCCGACGAAGUUGCCCGCCUUGACGCUGAGACCGAUCGUAUCCUCGCUGAGCAGAAGAAGCGUGACCUCGCGCGUGUGCACGCACAACCUCCCACCCCUUCUCCGAGAUUCCCACGGUUUUUUGUCCUUGACAAGCUUCCUUUCUUCUACCUUGCCAGGCGAUCGAAUGCUGUAGCAAGUCAACCCAGCACACCAAGCCCCGGGGCACCGACCAUCUCUUCAUUAGAUUUCAGCCGUUCCAACAGUCCUGAGGAAUCUUCUUUGCCAGAAAAAAUGAGCUUCAUAGAGCAGGGAGGCAAAGGCAUAGUGCCAGGUACCGAUGCACCUACUUCUGCCAGCAACGGAGGUGAAAGGCGUGUUUGUGUGCGAUGCCUAUCUUCCGUGAUCAAUCUGCCCGUCAAUACCGACACUUCUCCUGUAGACAUUAUCUAUUCGACUGCUAACCUGACAAGUCAUGAUAUUGACCCCAAGGCCAGCGUUUUGAUCGAAUGCUACGUCGAACUAGGUCUCGAGCGACGCCUUCGCCGUUACGAGCGCAUCCGUGAUGUCAUGAAUUCAUGGGACCGUGACCAGCAAAACUCACUCCUGGUCGUUACUAAUGAUAUUUCGCAAAGCGAUGAUCCCGACCUUGACAUCAAAUCAGUGCCACGGAGUCCAACGCCUCCUCCUGGCUUCACUUUGCAAAUGUACCAUUCAUCAAGACCGGGCAAAUGGAACAAACGAUGGAUCACUCUGCUAGAAUCCGGUCAGAUGUUUGCUUCGAAGAAGCCUGACUCCAAGACUUCAGACAAGGAUAGCACUGUUCUGUGUCAUUUGUCGGAUUUCGAUAUCUACACGCCAAGGGAGAGCGAAGCCAGGCGUCAUUUGAAAGCACCACGACGCUUCUGUUAUGCUGUAAAGAGCCAGCAGAAGACCUUUGUUUUCCCCAAUGGCGAGAAUUUCGUCCACUUCUUCUGUGCUGAAGACGGACAACUUGCCAGGCGCUUCUUGGAGCUUGUGCAACGCUGGCGGAGUUGGUAUUUGGUCAACAAGCAAGUCGACUUCGAGAAAAAAGACAAAAAGGACAAGGCACCUCAGAUAUCUAUGGGCUUCGGCAACAGUACAUCUCCAAAGGCCAUGUCCAGAUCGAAGAGUGCAGCUGCCAAAGGACAUAGCACUCAAGUCUCUGUCGACGAGACUCCAUACACAAUAGGCGCUUUUCAGCCACUCCUCGAUAUGGACCGAUUUGACAAGCCUCUAGAGGAGUUUGGCAAGGAUCUGGACAACAAGAACGAGCCUGACUCCGAUCCCGAGUUCAAGACUGGGCUCGUUCGUAAAGCCACUUGCAAACAACCAAAUGCCUUGUCCAAGUCCAAAUCGGUACAUAACAAGUAUAGGUCACCACCAGUUGACAAUAACCAGUUCUCUCCUGCUGGACUGCUAGGCCAAGGCUACGAGGAGAAACUCAAGGUAGCAGAACGAGCACCCGUGGCCAGUCCUGUCACUACGAACUCCGCUUUCACAAAGGGGGCAUCGCUUCUGGGCCGGGGCUACGAGCAGAAGCGCAAGGUUCAUGAGAAGACGCCAGUCGAUAAUAGUUACAUUUCGACGAACGCAGCUUUCACAGAGGGUCCCUCAUUAUUGAACGGCGGUAUGCUCUCGCCUGCAACCCCCAAGGAAACCUCGACAGACUCGAAGUCAUGGUUUCCUGUAGAUACAAACCAGUCUGCUCGGCCAAGCUACCGCAGUAAAUCCCUUCGGGAUACAAACCGACGGCUAAUGGUCGAAAAGGUUCCCGACAUGCCACAGCCGUUGGUCAACCUGACCAACAGUUUCCCAGAACCACCUCGUUGGCGUGAAAAGAAUAAGGGUCACGGUAUCAAGGCCCCGACAGGCGGCCCUCUGAUUAGCCUUGCCACAGGUGGUCAAAACAAUAACAUGUUCAACACCCGCAGCACUUCUGGUCUCAUCAACCAGCCUCGUGUCCCUCAAUCAUCCUCUACCAUGAGCAUGGGCAGUCGUCCUCGGAGCCGAUCCACUGCAGGAAUGCAGCCACCGCCAAGCCAUGCUCCUCCUGUCCCCCCUGUGCCAAUCCGCUCUUUGCGUCGAGAGAUGACGGCACCGAUGGAUCAGUCCCGUGGUCGUGAUCCUCGUCCACGGGGGCCUUUAAUCGACCGUGCCGGAACAGUUGGUCAACCGUCGAGGAUUUAA